UAUUGAACGAUUGUAUCAGUUUUGGCUCCAGCGUUAACAACAAUUAGUCAAAUUAGGAAGUUACAAAAUAGUUAGAUAAUUAUAUAUUUAUUUCAUAAAAACUCAAACUUUUUAUGGAAAUUCCAGGCAUCCAGAUCUAAAACCACUGUAAAUAAAAGAUGGCCCUGAAUAUGGAUUAUCUAUGUUCCAUGAUUCCAUCAUUGCCUAACCUAUCUUUUUUUUUUGAAAAUUGACAGAUUGUUUGGGGAGAUUUAAAAAAGUAAAUAUAAUUUCAAAAUAAUUUUGUAAUAUUCAACCUACAAUCUUGGUGAAGAUUUUGAAAUGAGUUUAACAACAGAUUUUGGACCCGAUUCUGGCGGACGAAUGAAAGGAAUAUGCAUUGUAAAACCAAUAGUGUAUGGCAAUAUAGCUAGAUAUUUUGGUAAAAAGCGAGAAGAGGAUGGACAUACACAUCAAUGGACAGUUUAUUUAAAGCCUUAUAAUAAUGAAGACAUGUCCACUUAUGUUAAAAAAGUUCAUUUUAAGUUACAUGAAAGUUAUACCAAUCAAAAUAGAAUAGUAGUGAAACCACCCUACGAAAUAAGUGAAACUGGUUGGGGAGAAUUCGAGAUUGUUAUCAAAAUACAUUUUCAUGAUCCCAAUGAACGAGUAGUUACCAUGUACCACAUUCUCAAAUUGUUCCACUCUGGAAGUACACAAGAUAUCGGCAUAGAACAGAGUAAAGGUUUAGUAUCUGAAAGUUAUGAUGAGAUCAUUUUUCAAGAUCCUACUCAGCUAAUGCACCAUUUGCUUACAAGUACGAAACAGUUGACCUUAGGAAGGUGGGAACACAACACAAAUUUUGAAGAAAAAAAAGACAAGACAUUGAAAAACAUUUUGGAUGCACAUCAAAAAAUUAGGACAGAAAUAACGGUCCUAAAGAAUAAAUUGAAACUAGCCAAAGAAACAAUAUCAUCGUUCAAAGAGGAAAUAUCUAAAUCACAGGAGAGUAAAUUCAUGAUGUAGAUUCUAAUCUCAAGGAUAAUUUACAAGUAUAUGUUUGAAAUGUAAAAUUUUUUUCAUUUUAUGAAAGUAUAUGAUAAUAAAUAUUUCAACAAUA